UUCUGUUUGAAGCUCCACCUCCACCCAACCAGAGCCUCACAGGCAUCCCAUCCCGCUACAAUCGCUCCUCCUCCUGGCCACCACCUCUUCUCCUCGUGCCAUCACUUCUCUAUCAGCUGCUCCGCGUUUCCAGCCCCAGAUCACGCCAGUAUCUCAUCCCUCUGUCACUGAUCUGAACCAUGUCACAACGAGACCUCACGCUGAACGGCCCCAGCGAGCCCCGUUUCAAGCCCAACAACCCGUUCGCCUCUGAACAGGACUCUCCUGACCAAUCUGCAUCCAAUUCCUCCCGCAACUCCAUAUCUUCGCCUGACACCGACUCGCCCUAUGGCAAGCCAUUCAACGUCUACAACAACCACAUCAACACCACCCACGACAGUUCUGCCAACUUGUUGUCGCAGCAGAGCUCGGCCAACCCGCUUUUGAACGCCUCCUACACCUCGCAAAACGCGUCGUCCAACUUCAACACCUCGUCGCUGCCUUUCCUCGACAAACAAGGCUACUAUGACGACGACGACUCCCGCUCGUCCUCGGAAUCAGGCAUCAAUCCGUUCGUACAGGCAGACUUCUCGCCUUUUGGCGGUUAUCCAGCAUCGUCGUUCCCAUUGCAUUUGGACGAGAAGGAGCCUGACGACUACCUCCACAACCCAGACCCUGUAGCCGACGCUGCCUACGAGAACAACCGAUUCAUCCAUGACUUGAAGCACAUGGACAGACGGGCGUUGGGCGGCUUGGUGGGCCUUGUUGUAUUCGCGUUGGCAGCCAUCGUCAUUUUCAUCUUGUUGCCAGUAUUGACGUACUCGGGCUUGACCCAGCCCUACAAGCCUCAGACCUACGAGGUGUUGACCCACUACCACUACCCGUUGUUGAGCGCCAUACGUACCAGCUUGGUGGACCCAGACACUCCCCAGGAAAACCGCCAGAUGAAGACCAGCAAGGGCGAGACCUGGGAGUUGGUGUUUAGCGACGAAUUCAACGCCGAAGGAAGAACCUUCUACGAAGGGGAUGACCAGUUCUUCACGGCUCCUGACCUCCACUACGACGCCACCAAGGACUUGGAGUGGUACGACCCUGACGCUGUGACCACCGCCAACGGAACUCUUAACCUUCGUAUGGACGCCUACAAAAACCACAACUUGUUCUACAGGUCUGGCAUGGUCCAAUCCUGGAACCAGAUGUGCUUCACCCAGGGAUACUUGGAUAUCUCUGCGAGAUUACCCAACUACGGAAACACCACCGGAUUGUGGCCUGGUUUGUGGUCCAUGGGCAAUUUGGGCCGUCCUGGCUAUUUGGCAUCCACGGAAGGUGUCUGGCCCUACUCAUACGAGGCCUGCGAUGCCGGUAUCACCCCCAACCAGUCCUCUCCCGACGGGAUUUCGUACUUGCCUGGCCAGAGAUUGAACUCGUGUACCUGUUCUGGUGAAGACCAUCCCAACCCAGGCGUGGGCAGAGGCGCUCCCGAAAUUGAUGCGUUGGAAGGCGAGGUCGAUACUAACGUAGGAGUCGGAGUGGCAUCCCAGUCGUUGCAAUUGGCUCCCUACGACAUCUGGUACUAUCCCGACUACGACUGGGUGGCCAUCUACAACCACUCAGUCACCUCCAUGAACACAUACACUGGUGGACCCCUCCAGCAGGCGCUUUCUGCCACCACCACCUUGAACACCUCCUGGUACGAACGGGGCAACUACACCCACAACUUCCAGCGGUACGGCUUCGAGUACUUGAACGACCACGAGAACGGAUACUUGACCUGGCAUGUGGGUGGUGACCCCACGUUGAUGGUUCAUACCAACGCAUUGCAUCCCAACGGGAACGUCGACUGGAGACGUCUUUCCAAGGAACCAAUGUCGCUUAUCCUCAAUCUCGGCAUAUCCAACAACUGGGCCUAUAUCGAUUGGCCCUCCAUCCACUUCCCAGUGGAAAUGAGGGUGGAUUACGUGCGUGUGUACCAGCCACCAGACCAAAUCAACGUGGGUUGUGACCCCAAGGACUUCCCCACCUACGACUACAUUCAGCUGCAUUUAAAUCUUUACUACAAUGCUAACUUGACAUCUUUUGAGGCUGCUGGCUACAAGUUUCCUAAAAACAAACUUACAGGAUGUUAGUUCAUUGAGUAGAAUUCGACCAUCUAGCCAUAGAUAAUAAAC